AUCGUUUGCUCGUUCGGCAGUGUAUAAAAGCACGCGAAGAUCGUUCUGCUCUUAAACUUCCCAUUCGCGUCCCAUCUAGUUCUCAUUUCCGCUGAACGCCUUCAACUGACCAAUCAACGUAUAUCCCGAUAGCCCGAUGGCAUUUAAGUACUUAUCCCUUUGGGCAGCCUUGGCCUGCACUGUGAUGCUAGUACAUGCACUGCCAACUCACCAUAACAUACAAAAGAGAAGUGGCAUUAGAUUGUGCGGAAAGAUGUUGGUCGAGGCCCUAGCUACAGUCUGCCAGAGUGAAUACUAUGACCCAAGUAGUAACGUAGAGAUGACGAAGCGAAACUAUGUUUAUUCAUCAGAUAAUAUUCCCACCUGGGACAGUUCAUUCCCUGAAUCCGAUGGAUUCAUGAAACCACAGACAGCACUGGACUUUUUCGGUAUCAAUAUGGUGCCAAGAAAUACCAGAGGCAUUGUGGAUGAAUGUUGUCGGAAAAGUUGCACCAUCCAAGAGCUCAUGUCAUAUUGCGGACCAAAUAGUCCAGUCUUCCAAGGAAGAAAAUAAAUCUACAUCAAAUGAUACGUUGCCGAAUGUUUUGUGGACUAACUAAUGCUCAGUAGUUGGGAUCACAACGCACACUUUUUAAUUUUUGAUUGCAACACAAAGUAAAAAAUUUGUAACAUGGUAUAAAACAAACACAAUUUUUUUUAAUUCCUUUACAUUCGUACAUGUUAUGAAAAUUAUUUAAAGUAUGAUAAUAGUUGUAGGAAAUAUCUCUAAGUAAUAAAUAUGAUUAAAUCCCUGGUUAAUACCACAGAACUUUUAUAUCAAGGUGCUUCAUAACAAUGUGCCUUAAAAUCGAGACAGAAAAUGCAAUUCGAGCAACUCAAAAUGUGUUCACAAUUACUGCUGCAUUACUUCAGUUUUAUAUCGAGAAUAAUUAAUCAUUGAUAUAUAUAUAUUUAUAUAUUUAUGAAAUGUAUUCUUUACCUAACAGUAUUAUUAUUGCAGAUAACAUAGUAUACUCAAUCGUGGUUUAGUUUUACUAGUUUCAAAAAGCUUUCUAGAAGGUUUAGAAAAGCAUGAUUUCAGCAACAUUUCAUUUCAUCUUGAAUUUAAUCUUAAAAUUUAAUAUUAGAAAGUUUCAAAAUUUCAAAAUACCCUUAUUAUCGAUACAAUUUAUUUUCUAAUUCUCCUGUUUUAUUCUUGAAUGCUGCCCAACUACUGACCAUUACGAUUCUGAUUAUGGUACUUAAUGUAAAACUGGAAAGCAUUCUAUUCAUCAAUUGAAACAGAUUUGCGCAGUGUUUUCUAGACUGGAAAAAAUAUCGUACUUUUUUUAAAGGACUUACCAUUUUGUGCUGGUAUAAAGGGAAUGUAUUUGAUGUGAUUUAUGUUUUCAAAGCACUUUUCCACUUUUAAAUUAAUGCACAUUUCUGUAUGUAGAUAUUUUGUCAUGCUUUCAUUAAACUAUUUGUCAUCUAAAUA